CACAGAUCUGUCUCAAUAACCGCCAUGCUGCGUCCUGUGGUGCCUUUGACGAAGUACAGUGACGGCAUCGGUGUCCUAUCACCCGGUGUAUCUGGCAGGGUCACGUAACCAUCAGUGGUGUGGAGGCAGCACCGGGUCGCUGUGUUCGUCUUGUCAGUAGGACGGCGUCGAGCCCUUGACCCGGAGUUUGCGCUGGAACUACGAAACAGUAAAGCCGAGCACGCGAGUCCGCACACCUCAAUCCCGAUGGCAGCCCGCCUCGCCGCCGCUCUCCUCGCCGUGUGCGCCGCGGCUCGCGGUAUCACCGAACCCCUAUCGGCGAUAACGCCGGGCCCAGUUUCGGCGGAAGACUGCCCCUUGACCGCCUCGAUGCCCGGUUGCGGUCUCCCAUGCCUAAUUUCGGCAGCCAAUGCCGUUGGGUGCAACGACAUCCUCGACCUCGAGUGUCAAUGCAGCUCGCAGACGCUUAUCCGUGAUAGUGCCUCCAGCUGCGUGCUGGCCAGCUGCGGCGAGCAAGUUGGGACUACCGUCGAGUCCGUGGCUAGUGCUAUCUGUUCUCAGUGUGCUUAAGGAUGUGGGUGGCUCUCUCUUUGCGCUGCUUAACACCGCCUAUGUCCGAACAGAUCUGGAUGUUGGCGC